AUGAAUUCACCUUUCGCUUCCCCUUAUCCACAAACACCUACUCCCGGGGGCUCUUCUAGUGCACUUCAUCUAGGUAGACCACCUCUUACUUCGCUCAAACCAUUUGGUUAUCCAGCACAACAAUUAACUACAAACAAAAACAAACAGAAAUCAACUCUAAUUCAAACACCUCAUCCAUUACCACGUGGACCACAUCCAUUGGCUCAAGUUAGUAUCAUGAAUUCAACUUCUCAUGAACUUACUUUACCAUCGAGUCAUGAAUCUUCAUUAGAUCAAGAUUUGGCUGAAUUCGAACGUAAUCAUCAUCAACAACAACAACAACCUACUCAUCAUCAAACUAAAUAUUCAACUCAUAUUAUGGAUGACUUUGGUACAGAAGAUGAAGAUGAAGAAAUGGAGGAAGAAGAUGGACAAGAAGAAGAUCUGGAAGAAGAGGAAGAAGAUAUCAUAGAAGAAGAAGAAGACGAAACUCAAAUCACUGAAAGUCUCGAUGAAGAAACUAAUAAUACGGAUUCAGUUUCUCUUCGUCUCGGUUUAUCUUCACUCUCACCACCUGGAAUCGGUCGUUUCUUACCAAAUCAUCGUCGAUUAUCUGCUGCACCAAUGAUAGAUUCAAACGAACUUGAUGAUGAUUUAUCUUCAAAGAACUUCGGCUCCAACACCACUUAG